UUCAAAUCGGACCAUACACAGCACUUUACUGACUUUAUCGACCUCAUUUUGGAGGAAAGAAUUGACAGUAUCACUAGAAUAGCAAUGGUCCUCAGAUGGGAUAAUCGGGGAAAUACAGCUUUUUGCUGACAGAAGAAAAAAAAAACAAAAAACCGUCGCCAGUAAUUACAGCAUCCGGAACUCGCAGCAUCGGUUUUAUGCGCCAAGAUGAUGGUGAGGAGCCGUGAAUUUGCCUUCUGAUUUCCUUCUGAGGUGUCUUUCUCUGGUCAUGCUGUUCACCAGUGGUGAGAGCAGACCGUGAGGUGACAGAGAGAGACAGCGAGAGAGAGAAGGAGAGAGAGAGAGAGAGAGAGAGAGAGAGAGAGAGAGAGAGAGAGAGAGAGAGAGAGAGAGAGAGACCUGCCUUCUUCACCAUGUCACACCACCAUUCGCGAGGGCACCAGGGCCGUACCGACAGCAUGGAGGAGAGGAGUGCCACGCCUAUCCACAAGAGCUACACCCCCACACACAAGAGCACCUCCUCUUCCUCUUCCUCCCAGAGGGACAGCAGACAGGAGGCCGACAACUGGGAGAUCAUCGGAGGGUUAAAGAUCGGACAGACGAACGUCCAGAAACCUGAAAAACACGAAGGCUUUAUGCUGAAGAAGAGAAAAUGGCCGCUGAAGGGUUGGCACAAGCGUUUCUUUGUACUGGACAAUGGAAUCCUGAAAUACUCGAAAUCCCCCAUAGAUAUUCAGAAAGGGAAACUCCAUGGCAGCAUAGAUGUAGGUCUGUCCGUCAUGUCCAUAAAGAAAAGAGCUCGACGCAUCGACCUGGACACAGAGGAACACAUCUACCACCUCAAGGUGAAGUCCCCGGAAGUGUUCGAUGCCUGGGUGUGUAAGCUGCGUCACCACCGUCUGUACAGGCAGAAUGAGAUCGUGCGUUCGCCUCGCGAUGCCAGCUUCCGGUCCUUUCCACCUCCCGCCAGUUUAGACUCACCACAGACAAACCUGUCUUCUGCGCACGAAUCCAAGCAAGCCAAGCCCAGCUCUUUGCCGUGGCAGCCCCCACUACCCUGCACCAGCAGCCUGCCCCCCUCCUACAGUAACGGUCAGAGCAAAGUUGCAGCAUGGCUCCAAGACUCCGAGGAGCUGGACAAGUGCGCAGAGGAACUUGCCCAUUGUCAGUCGAGUCUGAUGGAGUUAAGUCGGUUACUGCAGAGUCUGGAGAUCUUACAGCGAACGCAGUCAGCGCCAAGCUUCACGGAUAUGCAGAGUAACUGUUUAGAUUUGUCAAAGAAAGACAAGAGAGUCAGCAGAAGAUGGAGAACAAAAAGUGUCAGCAAAGACGCAAAAGCACACCUGCAGGUUCACACACUGCCCCAGUCACGCGCUAAAGUACCUCUGAGCACCAGUCUGUCUCCAGUACGACUCCAUUCCUCCAACCCCAACCUGUGCGCCGAGCUUGCUGAUUACAAGACCUCCAGCACCCGCCUGACCGACAGCAUGGAGUGUGCCAGCGAUUACAUGAAACUGCAGGAGGACUUCUGCGUCAUCGCUCAGAAAGUACAUUCCCUGCUGAAGUCUGCCUUUAACACGGUGGCCAUAGAGAAGGAGAAGAUCAAGCAGGUGUUGUUGGAGCAUGAGCAAACCAGCCAGUCGGCUCAGAUCGUGACCCUGCGGAACUCUCUUUCACAGGCCCUGUCCCAGAACGCAGACCUGAAGACUCGGCUGAAUCGCAUCCACUCGGAGUCUGUGCUGUCAGAGCAGGUGGUCAGCGUCAACAUCAUCAGCAGUCCCGAUGAGGCUAGCGACCCCAUCCACGUGGGGAUCCCACUCACACAGCAGGCCUCCAAUGAGAGCAGGCUCUCCAUGUCUGAGUCGGUCUCCGAGUUCUUCGACGCACAGGAAGUGCUGCUGUCAGCCAGCUCGUCGGAGAACGAGGCCUCUGAUGAUGAGUCCUAUGUCAGUGAUGUCAGUGAUAACAUUUCAGAGGACAAUGCCAGCGUCACCGAUAACAUUUCCCAACAAAUGCCCAACGGAGACCUGGCUGGGGGUGCGUUCCGUAACGGGCGACGCACGUGCCUGCCCGCACCCUCCCCGAGCACCUCCAGUGUCAACCUGUGGAACAUCCUGAAGAACAACAUCGGCAAGGACCUGUCCAAGGUGGCCAUGCCCGUGGAGCUGAACGAACCACUCAACACCCUGCAGCACAUGUGUGAGGAGCUGGAGUACACCGAGCUGCUGGACAAGGCGGCUGAGACAGAGGACCCCUACGAACGCAUGGCGCUGGUAGCUGCGUUUGCUGUCUCAGGGUACUCCUCCACCUACUACCGCGCGGGCAGCAAGCCCUUUAACCCCAUCCUGGGCGAGACGUACGAAUGCAUCCGCGAGGACAAGGGCUUCUGCUUCUACUCCGAACAGGUGAGCCACCAUCCCCCAGUUUCUGCCUGCCACUGUGAGUCUAAGACCUUCACCUUCUCGCAAGAUGUCAGAUGGAAGAAUAAGUUCUGGGGAAAGUCUAUGGAGAUUCUCCCCAUCGGCACAAUAAAUGUCAUGCUUCCCAGUUAUGGUGACCACUACGAGUGGAAUAAGGUGACCACGUGUGUACACAACAUUCUGAGCGGGAGGAGGUGGAUUGAACACUAUGGGGAGAUUACGAUCAGAAACACUAAGAGCAGCACCUGCAUCUGCAAACUGACCUUCAUCAAGGGUAACUACUGGAGCUCGAAUGUCAAUGAGGUGCAAGGCUUUGUGAUGGACCAAGAAGGGAAGGUGGUUCAUCGGCUUUUCGGGAAAUGGCACGAAGGUGUUUACUGUGGAGUCCCACCCUCUGCUAAGUGCAUCUGGAGACCAGGUUCCAUGCCUACAGACUAUGAGCUGUACUAUGGCUUCACCAGGUUCGCCAUUGAACUGAAUGAACUUUGUCCUGAGAUGAGCGAGCUGCUCCCACCUACAGAUGCUCGUUUUAGACCAGAUCAGAGGUAUCUGGAAGAGGGAAAGCUGGAGCUAGCAGCAGCUGAGAAACAGAGGAUCGAAGAUCUCCAAAGGGCCAGGAGGAAAUGGCAGGAUGAGAGCAACAUCAAACACCAGCCGCGCUUUUUCAAGAAAGUUGUGGACGUGAGUGAAAGAGAGCGGUGGGUGUCUAACAGCACGUACUGGGAAAUGCGCAAGGACCCAGGCUUCCUCAAACUGGAGAACCCUCAACUGUGGUAGCAUCCCAGCACCCGUCACAAACAUAUCACACCACUGCUACAGACUACAGGAGCUUAACCUAUGCACAAUACUGCUUGCCGUGGCGCGGGGGGUGGGACCCCGCCGGCGGCUCCAAGCGCAGGACGCAGCGAUCGCUAAGCGAAGGCAGGCUCUGCACCCCGCUGCGCACCCAGAAACACGUCCCCUGCUGCCGAACAUCCCUUCCCUGUCCGGUCACCAUAGAAACAUGCAGAACAUGCUCAUGGUCAUGGCGACCUAAUGAAGGUGGCUGGGCCUUCUGUUAACGUCCUUGCCUUAAGAAGCUGCUUCUUAACAGCCCACUUUAACGUCCGAUUUCUUCACGUGCUCUCUGAUUCGGACCGAGCGUGCGAGUUAUCUCUUGGUCCCACAUACAGUACCUACAGAAUAUCCUGCAUGCUUAGAUGGCGGUUUUCACUGGCAUAUGCUAUAAUGACUUGUCAGCACAUCAUUUGUAGUUUUGAAACAUGAUGGCCUCUUUGGAGAUCUUUAGCGCUGAAGACCUCGUGACCAGUGUUGGGUCAGCAGGUCAGCCCACACAGCAGGGUGGAUUCACGCCUGCCGGACCCUGUGGGGACCCCAUGCCUAUCUCUUCAGCUUUAUCUGUUGGUUUUCUGCCCUCCUUAAGGAUGAGGAAUGGAACUCUCCCCAGUGAAGCUGUCUUAGUUCACUGAUUGGGAACCAUAUUUUUUAAGUUUCAUAAUCCAUUCAUAAAAAUGUGUACACGUAUACUUUUAAAAGCGCUCUCACAGAUUUGGCAGACGGUCGGUUUAGUUUAUAGACUAGUGUUUUAGCCAACCCUGCUUUGAAUAGCUGUACUAUCAAAGCCUAUCCAACAAUUUGUAGGCUACCAUAAAUCAAAGAUUGAUGUACAGUUUAAAAGAAAAUUCUAACAUUAAAAACUGCAUGUUUAACAGGCUUUUAAAGCAGUGUUGCUGGCUUCUGAGUGGCGCAGCACUAAAGCGUUGGCUCCGUCAUUGGGAGUUUGCUGGCUUGAGCCCCGAUGUUGCCACGGCCAUCCAUGGGCAAGAGUCCAAGCUGGCACUGUUCUCUGUGUGGGAGGGAUGGUAUUACUCUGCCCCCUGUCAAUCACUGUGGCGCUAGCCAAUUGCGGAUGUCUGUGUUUGCACUUGCUGAUGAAGGCAGUUAGCACUAUUCUCUGAGUGUGCUGCCCUGCCUCUGUUGCAGCAGUGUAAAAGGAUGUGGUGCUUGGUGUCAUUUUGGAGGUUUGGUAUUUGGUAGAAUGGGAUUAAAGCAAAACAAUGUUUGUGUUUGAAAUGUGUGAUUCUAAAGCAAGUUGAAAUCUUAUACUGCUACAAGCAUAAAUCAAUUCAAACAUCACAUCCUCAGGUUACUGUGAAGAAUUAUUUUAUAACAGUUCGCUCCAGAUUUUGUUUUUAUUUACAAUUGUUUUUUGCCUGUUAGUGUGAUUUUUUCUGCAGUAGCUUCAGUUACCUUUCCAAUGGCUGAGAGGGAGGAGAUUUAGAAGUCAUCCAAGAAGAUAGAUCUUGAAGUCAUGCUAUGUAUAUUCAGUGAUGUACCAAUUAUGAUGUACAUGAUGCACUUCUGCAAAAUCUUUUGAAGACCAGCAACAUAAAUGUUUUUAAAACCCCAAUAAAACGGACCCAGGCAUGUUAUAAGAUUACCUGCAUUUUAUUCCUUGUCGCUUCUUACCAUGAGAUGGAAUUAGGGGGAGUGUUGCAGCUGAAGAGGAAUAUUGCAUGAGAUAUUUUGCUGUCUCCGAGGUCCUAUGGAAGCUUAUAAGAGGUCAUUUUUGCACUGAAUUGUACUUUAGAAUCACACAUUUAACCAAAAGAACAGCAUAGAAAAGCACUGUUUUAAAACACUGUGUAAUGUGCCAAGGAUAUGUUUAAAAAACAAACAAACAAAAAAUAUUGGAACAUUCCAUUAAGGCCCUAUAGCUCAUUGGAAGCUCAUUGGAAAUUAAAAUUGAAUCGUUUUAUCUCCUAUAGGGAUAUAGCCUGAAGCCAUGUUCCAGGUGGCACACCAUGCACACUGCUCACAUGAGAGAAUAAUAUGUCAUUUAUUCCCCAGGACAUUAUUUUUAUUCCAGAAAACACAAGCUCCACACGCCUAUGAAUACACUCAAUGCCGCACAUAAUUUAGUUUUUUGUUUGUUAGUUUCGUCUUCAGCAGUUGUUACUGGAGUGUAAUGGAAUGUAAACUUUUGGGCUGUUGUAUUUGCCAUUCAGGACGUCUUUGCUACGCUGCGUAAAUGAAGCGCUGCUCAGAAUGACCAGUAACUCAGCUGCGUUAUAACUACUGCAACAGUGACACCUGCUGACCAGCUAGUGGUACUGCUCAUACCGUGUAUAACGACGAGGCCCUGAAUUUUGUCAUGUUUUUCAAAAUAAGCGUUCCGAUCCUAAACCAGCUUUUAACUUUUAUGUCUUAAUGAAUGGGUCAGUGAAAACCUGUUCCUGGAUCAUUAGUCCUAGUCUAAGGUCUUUAAUAAAUAUGGCCCAGGUCUCGGAAACCUCAACACCACUGUUCAGACAGUCGGUUUAAACAAGAUAAGUGAUGUUUUGGGCACCGUUUUUAAUCUUGUUCCUGCUUCUGACCAAAGAGGAGUUUUUUGAACAUAAAAUGCCCAGUGUUUAUUUGGAUGUAUUUUUGUUGUUCUCCUUUAGCCGAAAGAGCUAAGCUCAUGAUCUCUUAACCAAAAUUUGAACUUUGGUCUUAAAAAUUGUUUUUAAAACAAAAUAUUAUUCAAGUUUCAGACACUUUGGUUAUAAAACAAACAGGUUGUACAUGCAGGCUCAGUUGCAUCAGUACAGUGGUAUUCAUUGGAACUGAUCCUUUUCUUGAUAUUGUUGAUAUUACUGGACUUACAUGCUAUACUUUGUCUUGUAAACAAGCAUCACAGGAGACAAAGUCACCCAUUUAUUUUAGAUUUUUGAUUAUAUGGCACAAAAAAUAUUCUCUUAGAAUGUCAUGUAAGUAGAUUAUUGAAAAAGCUGAUGGUAGUUUAAAACAAUACAUUGUACUUGGUAAUAUAGUUGGUUACAUAUCUCUGAACCUCUCUCUCUCAGAUUCAGAUCCCAUUGUAUCAGUCCCUCUUGCUGUGCCUUAAAGCAUCUAUAAUCACAUUAACGGAGAGUUCUGCAAACACACCUUGUGUGCUGCAGACCAGUGCACCUGGCCCCUCCCACACACAGACCAGUGCACCUGGCCCCUCCCACACACAGCAGCAGCUGUAUGCUGUGGAAUGUUGGCUACGUCGCUUCAUAAUGUGGAUUGGAGUCUUCACGUGCCGUCGACGUCCAAACGGGUUCCCGACUUGGAUUGUACGAGAUCUGCCAGGCACACUCGAGAGACGCGUUGGACGGCAGGAGCAGAUAACUGUCAUUGUUUUCUCCUCUUUGUUCUGCCCACUUGAGGCACAUCAUAGCUGAGCCCUGCUUUGUUUGAUAUGGUAAUAUGUAUCUAGAAUCUUUUAACAAAUAAAACAAUGCGGUCAACUUACUAACAAAAUCGUCUUGGUGCAGCUGUUUGUAAUGGACAUUUUACCAUGAAUUGUAUAUGUCUGGCUCAGAGAGAGAAGAGAGCAACACAUCUGAAUGUUCCUGUCGUCCUGUAGUUCCAAAGAAGAUUCCACGUAGAACUCGGACUAGUUGACCUGCUUUCCUACCUGCAUGUAUACAUGAUAUAACCUGCCAGUCAACAUUGCUGAUGCCUUAUAACGCAGUUUCCUUUCUAGUCUGUUCUACUUGUUUUGUUGAUUUUGUUUCUCUUACCUCCAGACCGACAAACUCCAAGCCACCGUAUGUGGUGCUGUCUGACUAAAUGAAUCCAUUUUACAGUGGGUUUCUUCUGAAGAAGUGCAAUUGUACAAUUACAUAUCUCCCCCUCCAUGAUCACUGUACACAGCUGCUACCUAGUGCUUGUUCUAAUAUACCAAACUCCUGGAAAUCACAAUGUGGUCCCGCAUUCUUCUUUCUGACACAUAACACACAAACAAAAGUAACAUUGCUACUUGAUUUUAAAAUGUUUUAAGAUUGUUAGUAGUUGUGUAUAAUUACUUACACUUUCCUAUAGCUUGUAGUAAUCCUGUUUUUCUCUGACUUUAGUUGAAGGCAGUUCCACUAGAGUGGGAAUGGCUCCACUCUGCCAUGUUCCUGCAUCACUGCCCUGAUUAACACACAUGACCUACG